GCCAAUUGCAAGCGAGGCACCCACGCUGCUCUGACGGUGGUGGUGAUGGUUUGGGGGGGAGCUUUUGUCUCGUCAACGUCGUGAACGAGUGGAGGUGCCCAGCCGUCCAACCCCGCACGCCCGGUGCAUGCGCGCGCGCGCGUGUGUGCGUGCGCGUGCAACGUGAACGCGCUUUCGGCCACACGGAGCAACAGCGGCAGGAGGCAGAGGGCAGCACCAUCGCAGCACAGACCGGCCGGUCCGUGGCACGGGUGUGAAGUGAAACCAGCUCGCCGCGUCUUCUCUAACAAUGAUCUUGACCGGGGCGUACCAGCCAGGCGGGAUGCCCGCGGUGGUGCGGGCUCACGCGCCAAUGCUGCGCUCCGGCCUCGCGAUGAAGCCCUUCUUCAACUUCCCGCUUGCGUCCCUGGGAUUUUACAGCAACUUCCACGCCAUGGACCCCAUGCAGAAGGCUGUCCUCACCCAUUCCUUUGGAGUCCCAAGUUCUGCCACUGCGUCUGCACCCAGGAGAAGACACGUGCUGUGCUGCAACAUCUGCCAGAUCCGCUUCAACUCUGAGAGCCAGUCAGUGGCCCACUACAAGGGCACCAAGCACUCGAGGAGGCUGCAGGCCCUGGAAGGUGGAAAAGAGGCACCCGGCAGCUCCGCCGAGGACAACAAAAAUGGCCGCCAACUCAGCAGCCCACCUCGUCCUGCUGUGCGUAUAGAAGGCACGCGGUCUACGAUUUCUGCAGAAGAUGACAUCGCUGAUGGCAGUAGCCCUGUUCCACUGGCCAAUACGAAUGGAAUCGGCAGCGGCUGCCCUUUCCCCGAGCAGCUGUCGCACCUCGCCGAUGCCUCGAACAGCAGCGCUUCUCAAGCAGCUGGACUAAGCUCCAGCGACGGCACCGUGGACAAGGACACCGGUCCAGGCGAGUUUCCACCCAGAGCGGCUCAGCGGAGAGAGAGAGCGGCCACCAGCGCAGUCAACGGCCAGGGCCACGACGGGGAGUCGGAGGAAGAGCGCGCAAAGCGGCUCCUCUACUGCUCGCUGUGCAAGGUGGCCGUCAACUCCCAGUCGCAGCUCGAUGCCCACAACAAAGGUUCUAAGCACAAGAUGAUGAUGGAGGCUCGUAAUGGCGGGGGUGCCAUCAAGGCUUUCCCCAGGCUGGGCUCUCGGCCCGCCUCCUCCGCACAGGACAACACUCCGAAGGGCUCAGGCCUCCAGGAUAAAACCUUCUACUGCGAGAUCUGCGAUGUCCACGUCAACUCGGAGACGCAGCUCAAACAGCAUAUUACAAGCCGAAGACACAAAGACCGAAUAGCAGGCAAGCCCAUAAAGCCAAAAUUCUCUCCUUACAACAAGAUUCAAGGACAUUCCAGCUCAGUGGGGGGAAAACUGCCUCCAGGAUUUCUGCCGACGUCCCUCGCGGGCGUGAGGGAUCCACUGGGCCUGCACGGGGCUCUGGGCGCCGCGCCUCCGCCAGCCUCGACCCUGACGUUCCACGUGGCGGCAGCGGCUCCUCCGCCGCUGUUGCGUGCCGCCCCAGGGCCAAUCCGCAGCUCUCACCGGUCCAUGCUGUUCACGCCCUACUGAACCCCCCCCCCCGCCGCCGCCGCCUUCUGGAAGCGGGCUGCGAACGGUCAAAAUUAGUUUUAAACCUUUGGGUGGCCAACUUCCUGAAGUACUCAACUACGUAACAAAAAAAAUCCAGGACAUGUCAAUGGAAAGAAGAAUAUGUUAAAAUACUAGAGGACGGGAGAACUACAUGUCAAUGCUUUGUCUUGAGUGGCGUAUUAUUACUCUUAUGCAACUGGCAAAAAGCUGGACUUUUAAUGCCCUGGGGAAGACUUGCGUAUUUCCCAAGACAGUUACCUCGACAGAGAGGGUGAUCCUGGGACAACCAGGACAGGUGGAAACUUUAUUUAAACUAUGCCCUGAAGCAACCACAUCGGUGUUGUAAAGCACAGUACACGUGUUGUGGUUUUUACAGAGCAACAGUGAUUACAGGCAAUCGUAAUUGUCUAUCAUUGCUUUGAGGUUUUGACCCCCCCCCCCAUAUAGUGUCAAUGGUGAUAACAAUGAACUGUAGUGAUGGCUUGUUGUGGCCUCGUCGAGCCUCGUCGAUGGACCAAUUGGAGACAACUAUGAUGUGACGUUCCUGCUCCGAUGCCCUUAUACCCCUGCCAUGUAAUCACUCUGAGAAGUGACAUCAGGGUCAGUCAGUGAUAUAUUGUUUUCUACUUGAGCCUACAUGGGCUCCUUAAUGCGUUCGACCUGGUCAAGGUGGCCAUACACGUAAAUGGAGAUAAUACAAGCAAACAAACAAGGUAUUUCAUAGACAUAUGUAGGCUACCAUAAUGUCAUUCAAAAUUUACAUUACAGCAGACAUCAAAAUAAAGCAAAAACACACAAUAAGAGAAGAAAUAAAACCUAAGAAUUACUAGUAACCGUUUUUUAAUCUUUAAUAUAUUGUUUAUAAUGUUAUUCCAUCUUUUUUAUUGUAUAUUUAUCUUCACUGUCAUCAUCGUUAUAUAUGUUUUAACGUGUGUGCUAUUUAUCUUACUUGCUCCUUUGUGUUCAUAUAUGAUUCCACAUCUUUGAAAAAGAUCCCCCUUAUAGGCUUAACAGACUGUUGAGGCAAGUGCUGUUAGCGAGCACCUAUGAAGGCCGGCACGGUACACGAGGGGGUGGGUGGCCCAGUGACGAUUAAUUUACACACCGCACCAGGUACUCAUUUGAGGCUUAGUCGACCUAGGUGAGGCCCAGGCCCGGUUCAAAUAAUCGUCACUUGGGUCGCCGGGUUCGUAGCGCAGCAGCUCGCAAACUGCUACACUACCGCUCCCCACACAGCCUGAUUGGCCAGCUCUGUCUGCGUGCAGAGUGCCAGGGGUAGAACAACCUUGCUCCUUAACUACCUUAUGAUUGUAAUGGUGCUUCACCCAUUUCGUCUGUAUGGACGUAUGUAUGUUAAACUUCUGUCGCACCGUACAUAUCCAACCGUGCGAAUCGGAGGUGCGGAUAUCGUCUGGCGAAUUGAUGGGAGUUACUAUGUGAAACACAAGCUGUGCAUUAAUUCGGAACAAAGAAGUCGUCAUGCUAAAUUAACGUUGGGCACGACUCGUCUUCAUUCUCCAACACCAGCGGUCGGCAACCAAAAAUAACAGAAAGAGCAAUUUAUUUAGAAUUUGGUGGGGGCGGAGGGAAACCCCUCAAUAUUUCAAGAGUCGCAAUGCACCGUGUGGUGCAAGGCCGUAGCUAUGGACUCAACAUUGGAGGGGACCAAAUCUUCGAGGGGGUCUGGGGGUCCCCCCCCCCCCUGAAAAAAAAUCUAGAUUUUAAAACGAAUUUCCUGCCUAAAAUAUAAAAAAAAUUAAUUAACACAUGGGAUGGACUUUUAUUUUAUUUUUUACAAUGUCUAUAAGUGUAUUGUAUUACAUUGCUGUUUUUUUAUUUUUACCUUUUCUUGUUUCAUUGUAUGUAAUGGCAGAAAUUCGGGAUUAAUAAAGUACAACCAUAACCACAAUCAUAUAAACAGAAAUCGAUUUUAUAGCUAUAUAUUGGGGGGGGGGGACAUUUUGAGCAUCUUUGAAUAUCGGGGGGGAUGUGUCCCCCCACAAAAUAUAUUAUAAUUACGGCCUUGGUGUGGUGAAUACGAGAUGGUGGGUCCUUAAUAAAUGACGCCACGCAGCGGCAGUCCUUAAAGAGGCACAUGCGGCUCUGGGGGUGGACGUUACUAACCCCCGUCCAACAAAGUUGAUGGUGGAAAUUCCAAAUUUCUAUUGCAAAAGACUACUUCUUUUCAAAAGACAACUUCUUUUCAAAAGACAACUUCUUUUCAAAAGACAGCCAGUCUCUUGACAAUCAUGGCACUUAUGUCAUUGACCCCGUAAUAAUAUUAAACAGAGUCGAUCCCUGAAUGACUUGUUAAAACACAACAUUCUGACGGUGUGUUGCAACUUGCAAACUCCCGUCACAUUGUCGGCUAUCAUCAUUUAAGUAUAAAUGUGUAUAAUCCAACACUUGUAUGAAGCUAAUUUAUGGCCAAUUCAAACAUACGCUAAGACAUUAUUCGAUCAAAUGUAUGUCAUUUGAAUUCAUAUAUCUUACCCACAAUUGUGGCAGAUUAAAAUGUAUGCCGAUUCGGUGCCAUGUUCCUACGACAUCCAUUGUUGGGGCAAGAACCACAAAUGAUUUCCAGGCGAUUGCUUUCUUCCAUCACUGAUGAAGAAGUUUCUAAAUGUAGAUUUUACUGGUAGGAACCUCCUGGUUACACCAGCCCACAGGGGAUUAUUGUGUCCGUCCGUCCGUCGUGC